AUGCGGGCCCCGGGCGCGCCUCUCGCCCGCACCUUGCGGUUGCUGCUUCUGCUACUGCUCAAGGUUUCUUCCUCUCCUGCCCUCGGGUCCGCUCUUUCGCCCAGGAACGAAACUUGCCUCGGGGAAGACUGUUCACCUGCACUGAGCCAGCGUCGCAGUAGGGACGCGUGGGGACUGGGAGAUUCUGCAGGAGACCUUCUGCGAACCCGUGCGCCCAGGGAGGAGGAGCAGGGGGCAGCGGUGCGCGCGGCGUCCUUGUGGGACCUGAGGGCCGCCUGGGGCGGUGACCCAGGUGCGGGAAGAGGGGCGGAGGCGUCGGCCGCAGAACCCUCGGGACUUCCAGCCAGGCCGUCUGGAGCCUGGAGGUGGAAAGGUGCCCGGGGCCUGGAGCCCCUUGGAACUUUGGGGAGAGGGAACCUCCCGGCUGUCCAACUCUUCCUGCAGACCUCAGAGGGGAAAGAGAAGGGUCCCAGAGGCGCUGGCAUUUCUGAGCACAGUCAGGAGCAGAGUGUGAGGACAGAACCCGGAGCCAGCGACCUUUAUUACUGGCCAAGGAGAGGCGGGAAACUCCAGGGUUCCCACCACGACACCUCACCCAAGAUGGUCAAUGGACCGUCGGGGCACGAAGGGCGGACGAUCGCACCCCCUGGCAGGGCGCUGGCCCAGAAUGGGUCCUCAGGCGAAGGGGUCCACGAACGCGGGGGUUCCCGCCGGGGGAACAGCACAAACCGGCGCUUGCGACUAAAGAACCCCUUCUACCCGCUGACCCAGGAGUCAUACGGAGCCUAUGCAGUCAUGUGUUUGUCUGUGGUGAUCUUCGGGACUGGCAUCAUUGGCAACCUGGCGGUAAUGUGCAUCGUGUGUCACAACUACUACAUGCGGAGCAUCUCCAAUUCCCUCUUGGCCAACCUGGCCUUCUGGGAUUUUCUCAUCAUCUUCUUCUGCCUUCCGCUCGUCAUCUUUCACGAGCUGACGAAGAAGUGGCUGCUGGAGGACUUCUCUUGCAAGAUUGUGCCCUAUAUAGAGGUCGCUUCCCUCGGAGUCACUACCUUCACCUUAUGUGCUCUGUGUAUAGACCGCUUCCGGGCAGCCACGAAUGUGCAGAUGUACUAUGAAAUGAUCGAGAACUGUUCUUCGACAACUGCCAAGCUUGCUGUUAUAUGGGUUGGUGCCCUACUGUUGGCGCUUCCAGAAGUAGUUCUCCGCCAGCUGAGCAAGGAGGAUCUGGGGUUUAGUGGCCGAGCUCCUGCGGAACGCUGCGUUAUCAAGGUCUCCCCAGAUUUACCGGACACCAUCUAUGUUUUAGCCCUUACCUAUGACAGUGCAAGACUCUGGUGGUACUUUGGCUGUUACUUCUGUUUGCCCACACUUUUCACCAUCACCUGCUCUUUGGUAACUGCAAGGAAAAUCCGCAAAGCGGAGAAAGCCUGUACCCGGGGGAAUAAACGACAGAUUCAGCUAGAAAGCCAGAUGAACUGUACAGUAGUGGCUCUGACCAUUUUAUAUGGAUUUUGCAUUAUUCCUGAAAAUAUCUGCAACAUUGUUACUGCUUACAUGGCCACAGGGGUUUCUCAGCAGACAAUGGACUUGCUUUAUAUCAUCAGCCAGUUCCUUUUGUUCUUUAAGUCCUGUGUCACCCCUGUCCUCCUCUUCUGUCUUUGCAAACCCUUCAGCCGGGCGUUUAUGGAGUGCUGUUGCUGUUGCUGUGAUGAGUGCAUUCAGAAGUCUUCAACGGUGACCAGCGACGACAAUGACAACGAAUAUACCACAGAACUUGAACUCUCACCUUUUAGUACCAUACGCCGGGAAAUGUCCACGUUUGCUUCUGUGGGAACUCAUUGCUGAAGGACAACCUUUUGUUUGGUUAGACUUAUUUGAUUUUCAGAUCUUGUGAAAGUUUUUACUUCAUAUUUUUCCCUCCUGGGGGAAAAAUGCAACAAAAGAGAGAAAUAUUAACUACUGUAGAACUGAUUCUGCAAAUUAAUAUUUGUGCUUUGAAAGAAAAGUGUUUAUAUUUAGUUAUUUAAGAAAUAGGAGGAGGCCAGUAGUUUUAGGUCAUUUUAUCUGGUAUGGUGCUAAUAUUUUAUUUGAAAAAAGUUACUGCACCUUAAUUAAUUGCUAACUUUCUUUCUUUUAAAAAUAUAAUCAGUGUAUCUUGAUUAUAGCCAUGUGAUUUUGUAGGUUAUUUUAUGUUUGAGUUGUGAUUGGAAGUAUAUUGUAUAUGGUAUCGUGAGAUGUUAAGAAGCAUUCACA